CGUGGCUCGGGUCUGUGGAGCUCAGCCAGCCCCCCCUCUGUCCGUGCAGAGAGCGCACUUGUGCGGAGAAAAGCCUCACUGUGAAGGCUGGCCGCUGGGGAAGGAGGAUCUGUUUGUCCACUGAUGGCUCUUUGACUUUAAGGACCACUUUUUAUUUAUUUAUUUUUUUUCCUAUUCGGGAUCGUGGAAGGGACCUGAAGAAUAAAAUAAAAUAAAAUAAAAAUCACCUGAAGUCGCCCAGAAGUUGCUGGACUUUGAGGGCGCCUGAACGAUGGAGAUGCAGAGGUGGUCCUCAAGGUGGAAAACGAAAAGAUGGAUUCUGGAUUCGGCUGUUUUGGUCACUUUAAGCCUGGUCCUGCAGACUGCUGAGGUCCGAGCAGCAGAACCAGUGGACGUCCUCAAAGUAUUAGCCUUUCAGAAUUACCCUGAAGGAGUGUCAAAAACAUCCGGAUUCUGUUCAAACCGACGAGCAUCCCAGCCGGACUCGGCCUACAGAGUCUCCAGACAGAUCCAGAUCAACGCCCCMACCUCACAGUUGUUCCCAGGCGGAGUCUUCCCCGAGGACUUCUCCAUCCUGACCACGGUUCGUCCCAAGUCCGGCCUCCAGUCCUUCCUGCUGUCGGUCUACAACGAGCAGGGGGUCCAGCAGCUGGGCGUGGAGGUGGGACGCUCGCCCGUCUUCCUGUACGAGGACCAGAGCGGCCGGCCCACCCCGGAGGACUACCCCCUGUUCCGAGGACUCAACCUGGUUGACGGGAAGUGGCACCGUGUGGCCAUCAGCGUGGAGAAGAAGACGGUCACCGUCGUCGUGGACUGUAAGAAGAAGAUCACCAAAGACCUCCUGAGGAGUGACCAAGCUUCCAUCAGCACUAACGGCAUCACUGUGUUCGGCACCCGGAUUCUGGAUGAGGAGUUUUUCCAGGGCGACAUCCAGCAGCUCCUGAUUGUUGCUGAUCCCAAAGCAGCGUAUGACUACUGUGAACACUACAGCCCAGACUGUGACACCCCCCACAGAGACUCCCUGCAGGCCCAGGAACCAGAAGAGUACACUACUGAUGAUUUAGAUUACAGUCAGUUCUAUGAUUACGCUGAGGGACCAACCAUCAGCCCAACUGAUGAGUAUUCUGAACAGCAGAGAAAGAAACGUAGUGUCGCCGUGAAAAAGAAGACGAGCAGAAAGUCCGUCAGUAAAGCGGAGCCCUUUAGGUCCUCGCCCGCCAAACGCUCGUCUGCUAAAAGGUCGAGGAUGUUUGGCUACCAGGCCACAGCGCCACACAGAGGCGCUUCUAGGCUAAACAAUGUAGAGGGAGAUUACAAUACAGACAUUGACUACGGAACUGUAGAUGAGACUCAGACUCAGACCCCCGCUGCCACGAGCGGACCCCACCAGGCUGUGGGGGAGGAGUUUGUCGGUGCGUUUGUCACCGAGGCCCCUCCCGUUGCUCCGGAGCCGGGCGCCGUGCCCGAAACGGGCGACGGCUCGGACGCCGGUGCCAAAACGUUUGACUUCAAGGAGUACGACCUAAACGAGUUGGACUUGGGUGAGGUUGACAAAAAGCUGUACGAUUACGGGGCAUAUGAUGAUUACGGGACGGCCCAGCCCAAAGCCCCGGCGGCCUACGAUGACGAGGUGGGGCUCGGGGUCGCUGCAGAAACCGAUGUUUCUGAGAGUUCUGUUGCUGGUCCUGAAGCAGCCUACGGUCAGAAGGGUGAGAAGGGUGAACCGGCAGUGAUUGAACCUGGCAUGCUAAUCGAAGGACCACCGGGACCAGCCGGCCAAGCUGGUCUUCCAGGUCCCCCAGGUCUACAGGGACCCCCCGGUGUUGCUGGAGAUCCUGGUGACAGAGGUCCUCCUGGCCGCCCCGGUCUACCAGGUGCCGAUGGUUUGCCAGGACCUCCUGGUACCAUGUUGAUGCUGCCGUUUCGUUUUGGUGGAGACGGGGAGAAGGGUCCGGUGGUGUCCGCACAGGAAGCCCAAGCCCAGGCCAUCCUUUCCCAGGCUAGAUUGGCUAUGAGGGGCCCCCCAGGACCGAUGGGUUUGACUGGAAGAUCUGGACCUGUGGGUCCUCCUGGUUCAGGUGGUCUGAAAGGUGAGGCAGGAGAUCCUGGUCCUCAGGGGCCCCGUGGCAUCCAGGGGCCUCCGGGUCAAAUGGGCAAGUCCGGCAAACGGGGUCGAGCUGGUGCUGAUGGAGCACGAGGGAUGCCUGGAGAGCCAGGUUCCAAGGGAGACCGAGGAUUUGACGGACUUCCUGGGCUGCCUGGGGAAAAGGGCCACAGGGGGGAGGUGGGGCCCAUGGGACCCCCAGGAGCACCUGGAGAGGACGGYCAGAGAGGUGAGGAUGGAGAGAUCGGGCCCAGAGGACUGGCUGGAGAGAGUGGUCCUAGAGGUUUGCUGGGACCCCGUGGCCCUCCUGGACCACCUGGAGCACCUGGUGUUGCCGGAGUCGAYGGACCUCCCGGUCCCAAAGGAAACAUGGGACCUCAAGGAGAGCCCGGCCCACCGGGUCAGCAGGGAAUCCCAGGAACACAGGGUCUUCCUGGUCCUCAAGGUCCGAUUGGACCACCUGGAGAAAAAGGACCUCAGGGCAGGUCUGGGUUACCUGGAUUACCUGGAGCUGAUGGUCCUCCGGGUCAUCCUGGUAAGGAGGGUCCAGCUGGAGAGAAAGGUGCACAGGGUCCACCGGGUCCCCAAGGUCCUAUUGGUUACCCAGGCCCUCGUGGUGUUAAGGGUGCUGAUGGUGUCCGUGGUCUAAAGGGAUCCAAAGGAGAGAAGGGCGAAGACGGUUUCCCAGGCUUCAAGGGGGACAUGGGGAUCAAAGGAGACCGGGGAGAACUAGGCAUGCAUGGACCCCGUGGAGAGGACGGUCCAGAGGGGCCUAAAGGUCGAGCCGGUCCCAACGGAGAGUCUGGACCUAUUGGUCCUGCUGGUGAGAAGGGUAAACUGGGAGUUCCAGGAUUGCCAGGUUACCCUGGAAGACAAGGACCAAAGGGCUCAAGUGGAUUCCCCGGGUUCCCUGGAGCCAACGGAGAGAAAGGAGCCAGAGGCAUCGCUGGAAAAGCUGGUCCAAGAGGUCAACGAGGUCCAACGGGUCCCCGAGGGGCUCGGGGAGCCAGAGGUCCAACAGGAAAACCUGGUCCAAAGGGCACAGCUGGAAACGAUGGUCCUCCAGGCCCGCCCGGUGAGAGAGGACCUCAAGGACCACAGGGACCUGUCGGUUUCCCUGGACCAAAGGGGCCCCCAGGACCAGCUGGGAAGGACGGGCUGCCCGGACACCCCGGUCAGCGUGGAGAGACGGGUUUCCAAGGAAAAACUGGUCCACCAGGCCCAGGGGGAGUCGUUGGUCCUCAGGGACCCACUGGAGAGACCGGUCCUGUUGGGGAGCGAGGACACCCUGGACCUCCAGGACCACCCGGAGAGCAGGGUCUUCCAGGCGCUGCCGGCAAGGAAGGAGCCAAGGGAGAUCCUGGACCUCAAGGCUCUGCUGGUAAAGACGGCCCCCCAGGUCUUCGUGGCUUCCCGGGAGAGAGAGGUCUACCUGGCGCCACGGGCCCACCAGGUCUGAAGGGCGGAGAGGGGCCCCAGGGUCCUCCUGGUCCAGUUGGAGAAGCUGGAGAGCCCGGUCAGAAAGGAAGUAAGGGGGACAAGGGAGAGCAGGGUCCUCCUGGACCAGCUGGUCUCCAAGGUCCCAUAGGUGCCCCAGGUCCUGCUGGAGCGGAUGGAGAGCCCGGUCCCAGAGGUCAGCAGGGCAUGUUCGGACAGAAAGGAGAUGAAGGUCCCAGAGGUUUCCCUGGACCCCCAGGACCCAUUGGUCUGCAGGGUCUUCCUGGACCUCCAGGUGAAAAGGGGGAGAACGGUGAUGUUGGACCCAUGGGCCCUCCUGGUCCCCCUGGUCCCAGAGGUCCCCAGGGUCCGAGCGGAGCUGAUGGUCCUCAAGGUCCUCCUGGAGGUGUGGGUCCCAUGGGAUCUGUGGGUGAGAAGGGUGAACAAGGUGAAGCUGGAAACCCGGGACCACCUGGAGAGCCUGGAACCGGGGGUCCCAAAGGUGAGAGAGGAGAGAAAGGAGAGGCCGGCCCCCCCGGAGCUGCUGGACCUGCCGGAGCCAAAGGACCCCCUGGAGAUGAUGGUCCKAAGGGUAACCCUGGUCCUGUUGGAUUCCCUGGAGACCCAGGCCCUCCUGGAGAGCCAGGUGUUGCUGGAACUGAUGGAGAACCAGGAGAGAAAGGAGAGGAUGGAGAAUCUGGUCAACCUGGACCUCCAGGUCCAUCUGGAGAGGCCGGUCCACCUGGUCCUCCUGGCAAGAGAGGACCUCCAGGAGCCGCCGGAGCAGAGGGCAGGCAAGGAGAGAAGGGCGCCAAGGGUGAAGCCGGUGCCGAGGGCCCAGCUGGUAAAACGGGACCUGUUGGCCCUCAGGGACCUCCAGGAAAGCCAGGUCCAGAGGGUCUGCGUGGCAUCCCUGGCCCAGUUGGUGAACAAGGACUGCCCGGAGCCCCAGGACAGGAUGGUCCACCAGGUCCCAUGGGUCCUCCGGGUCUUCCAGGUCUGAAGGGUGACCCCGGCUCUAAAGGUGAAAAGGGUCACCCAGGUUUGAUCGGUCUCAUCGGACCCCCUGGAGAGCAAGGAGAGAAGGGAGAUCGAGGUUUGCCUGGACCUCAGGGUACUCCUGGUGGAAAGGGUGACUCUGGUAUCAGUGGAGCUGCUGGACCUCUCGGACCUCCAGGUCCACCUGGUUUACCUGGUCCUCAAGGUCCUAAAGGAGCCAAAGGUUCAUCUGGUCCUGCUGGUCCCAAAGGAGACACUGGUUCAAUCGGUCCUCCUGGUCCUCCUGGCCCACCAGGUGAGGUGGUCCAGCCCCUCCCCAUCCAGUCCCCCAAGAAGACGAAGCGCUCCAGCGACCUGCAGUCGGACAUGGCYGCCACCUUCAUGGACUACGGCAUGGAGGACAUCUUCGGCUCCCUCAACAACCUGAAACAGGACAUCGAGCGGAUGAAAUACCCCAUGGGCACUCAGAACAACCCAGCCAGAACCUGCAAAGACCUGCAGCUGUGCCACCCCGAGUUCCCUGAUGGCGAGUACUGGGUUGAUCCAAACCAAGGCUGCUCAGGAGAUUCCUUCAAAGUCUUCUGUAACUUCACGGCCGGCGGAGAAACCUGCAUCUAUCCUGACAAGAAGUCUGAUGGAGUCAGAAUAUCCUCGUGGCCCAAAGAGGUUCCAGGUUCCUGGUUCAGUCAGUUUAAACGAGGGAAGCUGUUAUCCUAUGUGGACAUUGAAGGAAACUCGAUAAACAUGGUGCAGAUGACCUUCCUCAGACUACUGACGGCCUCAGCCAGGCAAAACUUCACCUACAGCUGCCACCAGUCUGUGGCGUGGCACAACGCCGCCACCGACAGCUACGACAAGGCGCUGAGAUUCUUGGGCGCCAACGACGAGGAGAUGUCUUAUGAAAAUAACCCUUACAUUAAAGCCAUCUCGGAUGGAUGUUCGACAAGGAAGGGCUAUGGAAAGACUGUGCUGGAGAUUAAUACUCCCAAAAUCGAUCAGGUUCCAAUCAUGGAUGUCAUGUUGACUGACUUUGGAGACCCUAACCAGAAGUUUGGAUUUGAAGUUGGACCUGUCUGCUUCCUUGGCUGAAACAAAAAACAAAAAAGGACUUGAUGAGGACAGCAAAGAAAUUCAAGUCGAGACAUUCUGGGUGCCACCGAACCCCACUUUUAGCCCCCACCUCCCCACCUUUUUCUUUGCCACAUGCAAGUUUUGAAUAAGAGCUGGUGUAGCAAACAUCUCUCUGUGUAAGUAUCCCAGGAAAAUCCUCGUUGCCCUCGUAGGGCUCGAACCACACGACCUGACGACGUUAUGGAACAAAGGUGAAGGACAUUGGAGUGUGUGGCAGAGGAGGAAGGGGGAGUCGGAGGUAACCGUGAGGAUGACUGGGGAGGGUCUAGAUCUUUUCAUUAAACUGCAGGUGCUGUAUGAAAACGACUACAAUGGUGCUCAAUCAAAACACACAAAAAGUACAUCGUGGUGCUAAGACAGAAGGUGCAUCUUAAUAAUUCUUAUAAAAAUAAUUGUAAUUAAUAUUUUGUACAAUGCUGUUUGUUUCCGAAUCCACUCUCAAAACUUGCAUGUCUGCUUCGGGUCUUUCCUUUCACUGUCGGGUCAAACGUUCACAGAGUUUGAAACUUGAUCAAAUCAGUUUUAAUAACUCUGGUUUUAUUUUUCCACACAUUCUGUGUACAAAUAAUUCAAACAACUUUCCACUGCUAAAUUAGACCUUUGUAUAUACUGACAGUCUCCUGACCACAYGGCAACAUCUCCCACUAAAUGUUUUGAUCCUGUGCUCGUAGACAAUCCCACCUAUUUUCCUUUAUUUAAUUCUAUUUGUUGGUUGACUUUUUUCUCUCGACAGGCUUUUAUUUUGGUUGUAUACCUCAAACCUUCUUAAUAGUAAGAUGAAAGGAUGCUAAGCCCUGUAUAUACCCUGGUUAAACUGAUAUAUUUUGGGGUGGGGGUUGUUUUAAAGAGAGAACUGUUAGACAUCCACUGYUCAGAUCCUUCUGUGAAUGCAAUGAGAAACCCACGCGGUGACCCAUUUUUGUAACUAAAGUGAGAAAAUGUUUUAUUGUGCUUUUUUUGUUUUGUUUUUUUUUAGUUCAUUUAAAUAUUAAAAACUGGAUUCUAAACAAUCAUGAGCUGAAUGUCUCAGUGAUGUGUCAAACAUUGGAAAUAAAGCUAAAACUGUUUGUGUCAAAUGCUUUAAAAUAAUGUUACAUCUAAUGAUAUUCUGGGCUGGUGCAAUUUCCAUCUUUCUUGAAAUCAAUAAAGCACACUUUUUCACUUUGUCUUCAGUAUA